AUGUUCACUGUAUUUGAAGAUGAAGAAAACCACGAUGAAAGUCAUUACCAUCAGGAAGAUGCCGGAAAUAAUCUUUUGACGGACUCGGAACAACAGACAACACGUAGUGGAGCACCGCUAGGCACAACUUUAAAUUCCCGAUCGAAUUCUUCGAAGGUUUUCAGUUCAUCAGAUGCCGAUCGUACCGAAAAUCUUCCUCCUUCUGUGAUGCAAGCACUCAAUCAAAGACGAUUAUUCCAACAGCAACAACAACAACAAAUACAAGGAAGUGGUACAAGUAGUGGUAGUAGUGGCGGAAGCACUGGAAGACCAACAAGAACCUUCGGAGCAGUUUUGUCUUCUCAAUCGGCCGAUGAAGAAUUAAAUAGCAACAACACUCUCUCUUCGGAAUCCAUUCAACAACAACAACAACAUGGCAAUGAUGAGGAAGAAGAGGAUCAUCAAACAAAUCCUUUUGAUAAAUAUUGGAAUAUUCAGUUACCUCAAAAGCCUUCGUCGAGUGCUGCAACGAAUACAAGCAGCCUGUUCAAUAAUUCAUCAUUAACAAGCUCGAGUCAUCCACACGCAAAUUAUCGGCCGAAGAGUCUCGCUUCUUCUUCAUCUACCUCCAACAACCAAGAUCACAAUACAACACGUGUAAGCUCAAUGAAUAGCAACGCAAAUAGUGGAGAAGAAAAUCAAACUUUAAAAGUAUUACAAUCUCCGAUGGCUUCGCAAUUGCUCAGCCCUUCAAUUCGAAAAGCUAUUUCUAGUAUUUAUAAUGAAAAUAAUGAGUCAUCAUUUUCUGGUUCGUCAUCUUCAUCGUCAGCCAAGGACAAAGUUUCAUCAUCGAACCAUCAAAAUGUAAAUAAUACAUUUCACACCAUUCCUUCCGAAGGAAAUUUUUCAGAAACCAAUGAAAACAAUUUUAUACAUCAUGUACAUAGUACAUUUGGCACUAGAAAGAGAAAAAAGUCAAAUUGGUAA